AUGUCAUACAAUAAUCUUCAAAAUUUGGAUCCGUCAUCAUUAAUCGUUUACAAUCCAGGAUGUUUAACAGAAAUUCAAAUAUUAGAUCUAAGUUUCAACAUGAUUACCGAGUUACCUUACAAUUUACUACAAAAUAUGUCAAAAUUACGAGAGCUUAACUUAACUAACAAUCAACUAACAACAAUAGAACUCUGGGUACUAUAUUACGUCAAAAAUACCGCCGACUUCAGCAAUAAUCAAAUUUCCACAAUCACAAACAAGUUCGGCGUACAGCUGACAACAUUCCCCGCACCGAGCGGCCGACUGGAUCUGACAAACAACGCUCCAUCCAUCAAUUUAACUGAUGCCAUAUACGAAAUGUACGACAAUUGCAUUGAGCCACAGUCCUAUAUAAAUCAAACUAUACAAACGAGUAUACCAUUAACACUUGCCUUGUUCAGCAUCAAUUUUGACACUUCAAUGAGACUUAAUUGCAGUUGUGACCAAUAUUAUAUUUUACAAGUAAUGCAACUUUAUGAUCUACUUCCCAUACCAAAAUUCUCACCAUUAUCGAACUUCACUUGUACAGAUGGCGCAUUAUUUGGUAAUUACUCAUGUCAAAGUAUGCAAUCAUCCGUCGAUUUCACCAAAGUAUAUCCAAGAUUUUGUAAAAUCAAUGCCGAUGAACUAGGAAAUGUUCCCACAUAUGUACCACUCAAUAGUACGUCAUCAUAUCCUCUCUACUUCACACGAAACGUCUCUAAUGGUCAUUGUUUAUUUUCAAUCAAAAGUUUAACUGAAGCUAUAAUUUCAUGUACAAAUGAUACAAAUCCAAUCAUAAUACCAGAUGACAUAAAACAUUACUUGAAUAAUGAAACAAUAAUUAAAUUCCUAGAUUCGUCUAUUAGCACUCUUCCGUCAGAUCUCUGUACAUUGCCACCUCGUCAAAUCGAUUUAAGCAAUCAAUUAUUUACAGUUAUUGAUCGUAGCACUUUUCCUUGUUUGGAUUGGUUCCAAACUAUUUCAUUGUCUAACAAUGAUAUUUCGAUAGUUAAUGUGACAAACAAUAAUUUUCUCAACUUAACAACUUUAGAUCUAAGUGAUAAUCAGCUAACUAUGAUUCCGUAUACUCUGUUAUCACAAUCGCGAACAUCUUUGAGAAAUUUUGAUUUACAUAAUAAUUAUAUUGACGCAAUGGACUUAUGGUUGUAUACGUUUGGAAUAUCUAUCGACUUAACGGGUAAUCCAAUGAAUAACAGUAUCAAGAAUUAUCAAAAUACGCCUUUAUCGCGUAGUGCAAAUAGAGACUCGAAUAUUUCGUUAUCAUUAUCAACAUUUGUUAUUAACGAUACAGUAGCCGUGAAGUAUGGCACAUGUAAUGAUACUACUUUUCCAUUCUUUCGUACAGUUCUCGAUGCAUUAGAUCAAAGUUCGGCAAUGAUUUUACUAAGCUGCGGAUGUGAAUCCAUCAACCUCAAAAUAGAAUAUACGCAUAUGAAUUACUCGAAUAUCACAGAUUAUUUUAAUUGUACAAUUCAAGAGGAGCGAGAAACGUUUUUAAGUCUAAUGUUGAACAAUUGUCCCGGUACAAAUAAUUUUACUAAUGGAUUAUGUACUAACUUUGAUGAUACGAGUUUGACUACUAUGGAAGUAACUACACCGACGGUCACUAUGACCGAUAUCAAAUCUAUCGCUACAUCUAUUACAACAAUCUUGGUCAGUUCAACUGUACCAAUGACAAACCAUACGAUGGGAGAUGAUACUUUAUCACGAAAUGGCCUCAUCAUAGGGCUUGUUCUUGGAUGUGUUGGGUUUUUGGCAGUAAUAGCAGGAAUAAUCCUUGGUUUGGUCAAAACAAGUGCAGCAUCAAAGAGAUUUAUAUCAAAACUAAAGACAUCAUCACAAGUAGAUGUUGUUGGCAGACAACCAGAACAAGUACAAACGCGUAUUCAAACAAGAAAUCCACGUUCAUAUCGUCUACCACCUUUAGAAACAAAAACAAUGCAGUUAGUUACAGUUGCUAAUAGUCAACCAGUAACCAUCACUGGAUCAUAUCGACCGGAGACAAACGCUAAUACAGUGAAUGCAACUUCACGAACGCCUUCUGUUAGAGGAAUUCCUGUUCGACCAACGCAUCUAGAAGUGACAAGAUCUCCCACCCAUGUUAUAGCUCAAUAUCCACAAAAUUUAAAUCUGUCCACCAAUUUAUCAAGUUUCCAACCAGUGAAUAAUCAAUUUAGGUAUAAUCAAAUGCCACAAACGCAAACGUAUAGCAGUCCAAACGCACAAUAUUCGAAUUACUCAUCUUCAGAUUACAAUAACGGCAUUCCUCGUCAUCCACCUCGUAUGAUGAACAUCGGAGGAUCUGCUAAAUACUCUUAA